AUGAGGCUGUCGCCAGGCUGCCUGCCUUGGAAGCGCAAGUUAAAGCACGUGGUGAUAGAGCGAAUCAACGAUCUGUUGGAGGAGAUAGACAACCACCAAUCACAGCUCGCCGACCAGGCGCUGGAGCACAUCCACCAGAACGAGGUGAUUCUAACUAUGGGCUUCAGCGACACGCUGCUGCUCUUCCUGCUGGAAGCCAAGAAGCGCCGCUCCUUCCACGUGGUGGUGGCGGAGGGCGCCCCGUGCUACGGAGGGCACAAGCUGGCGGCGGCGCUGGCAGGGCGGGGGGUGGCGGUGACGGUGAUAGCGGACGCGGGGGUGUUCGCCCUCAUGGCGCGCGUCAACCUCGUGCUGCUCGCCGCCCACGCCGUCAUGGCCAAUGGCGGCGUGCUCGCGCCCAUUGGGCUGGACAUGGUGGCACUGGCAGCGCGCCGCCAUGCUGUGCCAUUCGUGGUGCUCGCCGGCAUCUUCACUGUGUGUCCGCUGUACCCACAGCAGGCGGGGCUGCCGGGGCUCAACGACCUGCGCUCGCCAGCGGGCGUGGUGGGGCUGGCGGAGCUCGCGCACUGGGAGGGGCUGGCGCACCUGGGGGCUGCGCUCACCGCACAGGGGCAGGGGAGCGGCAAGGCGGGCGCAGAGGGGGGUGAGGAGGCGGAGGGGCAGUGGGGGGAGGCGGGGGUGGGGGUGGAGGUGGAGGUGGUGAACCCGGCGUUUGACUACAUCCCCCCGGAGCUCGUCACUCUGCUCGUCACCGAUACGGGCGGGCACAACCCCUCCUACAUCUACCGCCUUGUGGCCGAGUACUACAGCCCGCACGACCACAACCUCUAG